AUAAAAAAGUUACAAGUCAAUAUUCAACAACAUGGCUACUGCAAAAGCUCUUGAGCCUGCAUUCCAGGGAGUUGGUUCAAGACCUGGGAUUGAAAUAUGGAGAAUUGAGAACUUUCAACCUGUACCUUUGCCAAAAUCUGAUUAUGGUAGAUUUUACUAUGGUGAUUCGUAUGUUGUCUUGCGGACUUCUUCUGGUAGAGGUGGUCCGGGUGCUUUCUCGUAUGACAUACACUUUUGGUUGGGAAAAGAUACUAGCCAGGAUGAAGCCGGAACAGCAGCAAUAAAAGCAGUGGACCUUGAUGCAAUCCUAGGUGGACGUGCAGUGCAGCAUAGAGAACUUCAAAGUCAUGAAUCUGAAAAGUUCUUGUCAUAUUUCAAACCAUGUAUCCUGACACUUGAAGGUGGGAUUAAAUCUGGAUUCAAGAAACCAGAAGAAGAAGAGUUUGAAACAAGGUUGUAUACGUGCCAAGGAAAACGAGUUGUUCAUUUGAGGCAGGUCCCUUUUUCUCGAUCUGUACUGAAUCACGAUGACGUGUUUGUCUUGGACACUAAAGAAAAGAUCUUUCAAUUCAAUGGAGCAAAUUCUAAUAUUCAAGAACGGGCUAAAGCGUUGGAGGUCAUUCAGUUCUUGAAGGAUAAAUAUCAUGAAGGGACAUGUGACGUUGCAAUUGUUGAUGAUGGAAAACUACAAGCAGAAGGGGAUUCUGGUGAAUUCUGGGUCAUCUUUGGUGGGUUCGCGCCUAUUGGCAAAAAGGUUUUAACUGAUGAUGAUAUAAUUCCAGAUAGGACUCCUGGCAAACUGUACAGCAUUGCUGGGGGUCAGGUCGCGGAUCAAAUCGAAGAAUAUUCCAAGUCGUCAUUUGAAAAUGACAAAUGCUAUCUAUUUGACUGUGGAGCAGAGGUGUUCGUUUGGGUUGGUCGAACAACAACAGUGGAUGAUAGAAAAGCUGCCACACAGGCUGCUGAGGAGUUUAUUACCAGUAAUAAUCGGCCAAAAGCAACUCUUGUAACCAGACUAAUUCAAGGAUAUGAGACACAUGCAUUUAAGACUAACUUUGACUCCUGGCCGUCAUCAAUUGCACCUGCUGCUGAGAAUAGAGGAAAAGUGGCUGAAAAUAGAGGAAAAGUAUCAGCUCUUCUAAAGCAACAACAAGGUGUUGGGACAAAGGGGAAAGAUAAAGCUGCUACCGCUGAGGAAGUUGUUCCUCCUUUGCUUGAAGGAAACGGAAAACUUGAGGUAUGGUCUAUUGACGGCGGUGCUAAAACGCCAGUAGCCAGUGAAGACGUUGGUAAAUUUUAUAGUGGAGACUGCUACAUUGUUCUUUACAGUUACCAUUCUAGAGAAAAGAAGGAAGAUUUUUAUCUUUGCUACUGGAUCGGAAAGGAUAGCACAGAGGAGGACCAAAAUACAGCCGCUAAACUUACCACAUCAAUGUUCAAUUCACUCAAGGGGAGGCCUGUUCAGGGCCGUGUCUAUCAAGAUAAAGAGCCGCCACAGUUUAUUGCAAUUUUUCAGCCUAUGGUCGUUUUCAAGGGUGGACUGAGUUCCAGUUAUAAAAGCCACAUUGCAGAUAAUGGGAUUGCUGAUGAAACCUACAGUGCAGAUGGUUCUUGGAUUAUUCGUAUACUUGGAACUGCAGUGCAUAAUAAUAAAACUUGUCAAGUUGAUCCGGUGCCAGCGUCUUUAAACUCGUUCGAAUGCUUUGUUAUACAAGCGGGUAACCAUCUAUAUAUCUGGCAAGGAACCCAAAGUACUUAUGAACAACAGCAAUGGGCCAGCAAAAUUGCUGAAUUUUUAAGGCCAGGGGUAACAGCAAAAUUUCAGAAAGAAGGAACGGAAAGUGCAACUUUCUGGCUUGGCCUUGGAGGAAAAGAUAGUUUCACAAGUAAACAAGUAUCACUGGAGACUAUUAGGGAUCCUCACUUGUUUGCAUUCGAACUUAUCAAAGGAAAAUUUGAGAUUGAAGAAGUUUACAAUUUUGAUCAAGAUGACUUGUUGCCGGAGGAUAUCUUGAUAUUAGAUACACAUGCUGAGGUUUUCGUUUGGGUUGGUCAUGCAGUUGACCAAAAAGAGAAAAAGGCCGCUCUUGAUCUAGGCCAGAAAUACAUAGAAAGGGCUGAAAAUCUGGAUGGAUUGUGCCCACGUGUGCCAUUAUACAAAGUUACAGACGGAAAUGAACCUAGCUUCUUUACAACAUAUUUCUCUUGGGAACCUGCAAAAACAUUAAUUCACGGUAACGCAUUCCAAAAGAAGAUUACAAUACUGUUUGGAGCAGGCCAUGCUGAGGGCCAGGGGAAUCAAGGCGGUGGAGCAACUCAAAGGGCUUCAGCCAUGGCGGCCUUGAAUUCAGCUUUUAAUUCUUCUGGUGGAGGUAAAGGUCCUGCAGCAGUAGGGUCAAGUAGUGGUUCACAGAGACGAGCUGCAGUCGCUGCUUUAUCAGGAGUUCUUACUGAUACUAAAAUCGAAGAACCCUCUCCUGUUGAAUCACCUGAGAAGCCUGAAGAAGCACCCGAAGAAGUCCCUGUAGAACCCUCAGAGCCAGUUCCAGAAGAAGAUGAUUCAGAACCAAAGGUCGCAAUAGAGGAGGACGAAAAUGGUAUUUUAUCUAGUCAAUCGACUUUCAGCUAUGAACAAGUCAGGGUGAAGUCAGAGAACCCCAUUCCUGGAAUCGACCUUAAGAGGAGAGAGGCUUAUCUUUCUGUUGAAGAAUUUGAGUCUAUCCUUGGAAUGUCAAAAGCAGAGUUCUAUCAAUUGCCGAAAUGGAAACAAGACUUGACCAAGAAAAAGGUCGAUCUCUUCUAAACAAAUCAAACUCGUCAAACAAACCAAG